GUGGCGUAACGUAAUAAACGUAUUUAGCAGGGUAGGGGUGAAGGUUACGGAAUCAAAUGCUUAUAUCAAUAUCGACGAAAAUAAGAUUUGUGAUAACCUAGUUUCAUUGAUUUGUUUGAUAAUUGAUGUGUGGACUUUAUUCAACGAGUUUUGCUUUGUACCUAGGCUUAAUUGAAGACCAUGGCGUUGCUUUUGCGGGGGCUGCGAUGGAGGUUCGGGAAGACGUCUGGCCACCAGGCAGCUGGAUUGCUCCGAAGCUACCACCUAGAUGGGGCGCCCAUUAUCGGCACUGAGCCCAACAGGAACAGCCAACAGUUUCAGGAGAACCAUCAGCGCAUGUCCGCGCUGGUCUCGGAGCUCUCCGGGCACGUGGAGCGAAUCUUGGCCGGUGGCGGCGAGAAGGCCGUUCAGAGACACACCUCAAAAGGUAAGCUGCUGGUGCGGGAGCGGAUCCAGCGUCUGCUCGACCCCGGCUCGCCGUUCCUGGAGUUGUCCCAGCUGGCCGGCCACCGGCUGUACGGCGCAGAGGAGGUGCCCGCGGCCGGCAUCAUCACCGGCAUCGGACGCAUCAGCGGCGUCGAGUGCAUGGUGGUGGCCAACGACGCCACGGUCAAGGGCGGCUCCUACUACCCGAUGACGGUGAAGAAGCACCUGCGCGCCCAGGAGGUGGCGCUGGAGAACCACCUGCCCUGCGUCUACCUGGUGGACUCGGGCGGCGCCAACCUGCCGCGACAGGCGGACGUGUUUCCCGACCGCGACCACUUCGGCCGCAUCUUCUACAACCAGGCCAACCUGUCGGCGCGCAACAUACCGCAGAUAGCGGUGGUGAUGGGCAGCUGCACGGCCGGCGGCGCCUACAUCCCGGCCAUGGCCGACGAGUCGGUCAUCGUCCGGCGACAGGGCACCAUCUUCCUGGCCGGCCCGCCGCUGGUACAGGCCGCAACAGGGGAGAAGAUCUCCGCGGAGGACCUGGGCGGCGCCGACCUGCACUGCAGCAAGUCCGGCGUGACGGACCAUUACGCUGUGGACGACCUGCACGCGCUGCACCUGGUGCGCCGCUCGGUGCGGAACCUGAACCGGCAGAAGACGCCGCCGGUCACCCUGCUGGAGCCGGAGGAGCCGCGCCUGCCCGCCUCCGACCUCUACGGCAUCGUCGGCGACAACCUCAUGAAAACCUUUGACGUGCGAGAGGUGAUUGCUCGCGUGGUGGACGGCUCCCAGUUUGACGAGUUCAAGGCGCGCUACGGCGAGACGCUGGUGUGCGGCUUCGCCCGACUCUACGGCUACCCGGUCGGCAUCGUGGGCAACAACGGCGUGCUCUUCUCCGAGUCGGCGCUCAAGGGCACCCACUUCAUCGAGCUCUGCUGCCAGCGCAAGAUCCCGCUCAUCUUCCUGCAGAACAUCACAGGGUUCAUGGUGGGCAAGGACGCCGAGGCCGGCGGAAUCGCCAAGAAUGGCGCCAAGAUGGUGACUGCCGUGGCGUGCGCCCAGGUGCCCAAACUGACACUGAUCAUAGGCGGCUCGUACGGCGCCGGCAAUUACGGCAUGUGCGGCCGCGCCUACAGCCCGCGGUUCCUGUACAUGUGGCCGAACGCACGCAUCUCGGUGAUGGGCGGCGAGCAGGCGGCCGGUGUGCUGGCGCAGAUCACCCGCGACCAGCGGGCGCGCGAGGGAAAACCCUGGACGCCCGACGAGGAGGCCGCUCUCAAGGCGCCCAUCGUCGAGCGGUUCGAGGCCGAGGGCUCGCCUUACUACAGUUCGGCGCGCCUCUGGGACGACGGCGUCAUCGACCCGGUCGACACGCGCCGCGUGCUCGGCCUGUCGCUGUCAGCGGCGCUCAACGCGCCCAUCCCUGACGCCAAGUUCGGCGUGUUCAGGAUGUGAGAGUCCAGCGGCCCAGAGCGCCCUCGGGUCUUCAUAGACUGCUCAGUGAGGCCAGCAGUGGAGACGGAGCGAAGACAGACCUAUAGUUGAACAGAGGGACGGAGACACGGGUGCAGUCAGCGUGAAGACGGAACGGAGACGGGUCUGCUGGCUGUUCUCAGACCGGUCUUCGUAGACGGGCCCUCCGUCGGACCGUCCCAGACCAGCCGCCUCGUCCCAGCAGCGGAGUUGGAGCCGCUGCACUGCACGGAGCGGACCAGCGAUGACGGUCAGUCCCGCCCCCUCCCCGCCCCGGCCAGGCGCCGGCCGCCUGCCGUCCGGCGCAGAUAACUCGUGCAAUACCGCGUGUUUUGUAUGUCCGUUUGUGUAGAGGUGCUCGGUGGUCGGUCGAUGAUGGUUGUGCCUCGGUAUCGGUGUCUUUUUAUAGUGAGUCGUCGCGGAGACGCUGUGAUGGUGACAAGUCUUUGUUAGUGAUGUGUGACCGCCACGGUACCGCUCUUAAGGCACACCGGCGCCAAAUAAUGAAAACGAUCAUUGAACGUCUUCUACAUAGUGUCUGCCAGCAUUCAGAUGAAUAUACGAGUCUAUAGUUUGC